AUGGAUGAUAAAUCUCAAAUAAGAAAUGAAGUUAUAUUACAUAUUAAUGAUAGUGAUGAAUGUGAAUAUACAUGUAAAACUGAAAAUUCAGUUGGAGAAAAAGCAUAUUCAGCUGAUCUAUAUCUUAUUGAAAAAAAAUAUUCAUCACAAUUAUUAUCAAAUGGUAAAGUAAUAUUAACUAUUGAAGAUUGGUCACAAGAAGCUGCUGGUGAAAUAAAAAUUAUUGUAGAAAAUCGUGCUAGUUUAACACAAUGUUCAGCAGUAUUAAUUUUUGAACAUGAUGAUGUACAACAAGAAGAAUCGAUAUGGAAAAAUAUGUCGAUUGAACAUACACGAAGUUCAAUAACAGAAAUUCAAUUAUAUAUGAAAGGAAUUAUUGAUAUUAUAAGUUUAUCUAUUGAACAUAAUUUAUAUUCAAUAAAAAUGAAAAGUGCCAGAGCUAUAAAAAUGAUUAAAGAAAUGUUAAAAACAAAUUAA